CAAGGAGAAUAUUUUCGUGAAUCCGGUCAAAAUGCCGUUACUUCCUUGGUUACCGUCACUAUGGUUACUGAAAACAAGCCUGACAGGACUGUCAACUGUGCGGUGCUGCGGUAGAAACGAGGAAGACAUGAACGAGUCAUCCAGUUCGACAGACUCUGAUUUCUACCUGCUCUUCAUCAGAUGCUCUUCCCAAACAGAAUUUUCAGGGUCACCCGACCUGUGUCAAGGGCUCAGCAAAUGUUAUUUAGAGGACCAUGUGUUUCCUGUGCUGCUGCCUGGACUGGAGGCUUUGCUUGCAGAAGCACAGAAGCACCGCUGCAUGGAGAGGAAAAAGACGGCGUUUAAUGGCUGUGACUUCCUCACUGAAUGGCUAUACAAUAAAAACCCUCGGACAGAGCGAACACCUACAAAUUUUCAUACAAUUCCUUUCGUCCAGAAUUGGCUUCUUGAACAUCCCAGGCCGCACAUCCCAGCUUCUCUACUUCUAACAGAUGAGCAAGCUGCAGUGUUGAUCCAGGCUUUCUGGAGGGGAUAUAAGGUGCGUGUGCGUCCAGAUGUGCAAGAGUUAAGGCAGUGGCAGAGAGAACUGCGGGAAGAAAAUUGUGACAUCAACAAAACAGUUCAAGACUUCUGGGCACGUCAGGAGAACAGAGUUUGGUCGGAGCUGGUUGAACUUGAUGGCAGCGCUGACCAGCAUGUGGAGGCUGGUGUGUCCAUUGAGGUGGUUCCUCCUACACCUCAGAGCAGAGCCCUGAAUACACCCGCUCCUCAGAGCACCUCAGAGAGAAAAAAGCUGCUCAAGCCAAGCCUUUCUUCCCAGCGCACCACCACUCUACAUCAGGUCAACAGCGUAACUGCAGAAUGAAGAAUUCACUGCUGUGGCUCUAUUUCAGUGUUUCUCAAACCUGUCCUAGGGACCCCCAAAACAGCACAUUUUGUAUGUCUCCCUGAUUGGUUACACCCAUUUCAGGUCUUGUAGUCUCUGCUAAUGAGCUGAAGAGUUCAAUCAGGCGUGUUUGAUGGAGGAGACAUACAAAAUGUGCAGUGCUGGGGGGUCUAUAGGACAGGUUUGUGAAGCACUGCUCUUGUUGUUAUUAAAGGAAUAGUU